AUGGCCAGAGAGGCAUUCAUUUUGAAGGAAAGCGCCUUGUUAUCUCUCAGAGCGUUGAAGAGCUUGUUCACGUUGAUAUGUGCCGUUGCUAUGCUGCUGCUGCUGCUGCCGUUCAGAGGGCGGAGGAGGGUGUCCCAGGCCGAGAAACCUGGCAACAAGGAGGAAUGUCACCGAAAAGGCACAAUGGUGCGCAUGCCGGCCAAGAUGCUGCCGAGGAAAAGUGGUGUUUGUGUGGUGUUGGCAAGGAGGGAGUUGGCCAUAAGGAGGGUGGUGGAGGAUGAUGAUCAAAGGUGUGUUAGGGAGUAUUGGCUUUUAGGAACCAAAAGGGGUGACACCAUUUUCACACAAUGUUGGACACCACUUUAUCAUGAGAUCAGGGGACUCGUUCUUCUUUUGCAUGGUCUUAAUGAACACAGUAGCAGAUAUAAUGAUUUUGCAAAGCAGCUGAAUGCUAAUGGCUACAAAGUUUACGGGAUGGAUUGGAGUGGUCAUGGUGGAAGUGAUGGGCUACAUGCAUAUGUGCAUUCUCUUGAUGAUGUUGUUUCUGAUAUGAAAGUAUUUCUUGAAAAGAUUAUAAAUGAAAAUGAUGGGCUUCCAUGUUUCUGCUAUGGACACUCAACAGGUGCAGCCAUUAUUCUUAAGGCACUGCUUGAUCCAAAAGUUGAAGCCAGCAUAGUUGGUGCUACAUUCACCUCACCAGCAGUUGGAGUGGAGCCUUCUCAUCCAAUUUUGGUGGCAGUUGCACCAAUACUUUCAUUUUUGCUGCCAACAUAUCAAUGUAAUUCUGCAUAUAAGAAGGGAAUAGCAGUCUGUAGAGAUCCAGAGGCUCUAGUUGCUAAAUAUUCAGAUCCACUGGUAUGUACUGGAUCUCUAAGAAUACGUACUGGCUAUGAAAUUCUUCAAAUCACAAGCUACUUGCAACAAAAUCUCAGAAAACUGAGAGUUCCAUUUCAAGUUCUCCAUGGCACUGCUGAUUCUGUUACUGAUCCUGAUGCUUCUCAAAAACUAUAUGAACAAGCAUCCUCAACAGACAAAACUAUCAAAUUGUAUGAAGACUUCUCACAUGACCUCCUCUUUGAACCUGAACGAGAGGACAUCACUAGGGACAUAAUUCAAUGGUUGAAUAGUAGAAUAUGA